CCUCUUUCUCGUUUUGUUCGUGCAACAUGUUUUGGUAAUAAUGUGCUAUUUGAGUUAUGCUAGAUGGUGGUAUGCUAAAAAUGUAUUAUCCUGCUGUUGGUAUCGACUGAAGUAUGUGUCAAUUUGUCGGAUUCGCACUUCUAUUGAUCUACACCGCAGUUUUUUGGCUUGUGGCGUUUUUGUCCCCGCCGUCAUCGGAAGUAGACGGGUCCUAUUCUACGGUGCUGGAAGCAGUGUCCACCUUGGAGUUGGACGUAGGAACAAGCGGCGCCAAAAUCGAGGGCGAAACUUCUACUACAUUUGGAACAGCAGCAGCUGCAGCAGGAAAAGCAUCAGCCAUUGAUAGAGCGGAACAAGUAUCUGCAGCCACCAAAGCUGAACCAACUUUUUCUACGCGGGGAGUGCAGAGGACCACCAGUGCUUCGGAGUUGUCCCCGGGAAAACUUGCAGAGCGCUUUCUGAACGACUUCCCGGUUCUGAACGUCUCGCUCGGCGUGCUGCUUACAAGUAUUUUCUAUUCGAGUAAACUUUUUUUCAUUUCUGCUUCUUGAUUGUGUCGAUGAUAUGGUGCUCAUCUUUACGAAUACUGUCAACCGAAUUUUCACGGUGUGAAGACAAUCAACGACGAAGAAACGCGGGCGGUGUGAACACUGGCCAUCUUGCA